AUGCCACUUCAAAAGUACCGCUUCUUUGUCAAUGAGGGAAUGUGUUCUCCUGUCCCGACAGGGCCUUGCACAUGGGAAGUUAUCGACUGGGACAGACGUCGUUGGCUGCGGAUCCACGGACCAAAAAACGCAUUUCCCGAGGAUGACUACAUUGAGGAAUUUGCAGCCCGGUAUGCUGACCAGGUGGGCGAGGAUGAGCAGACGCUGACAUCCAACGAGCACCGAGAGCUCAUCGGUGUCUCCUCGGACGAUCCCACUUGGGAAAUCAGGUAUCCCCAUUAUGUCGGGCCACUGGAUGAAGAGACGGUUAUUUUCCGGUCAAACCUGAAAGAAGUCGAAAGACUUGAUGUCGCCACGGAUCUAGUCGAGUACUCUCAAACAGAUGGCGUAACGAAACAACUUGUCUUCAAGUAUACCCUCAUUCAGACUCGCGUCGAAAACGUUUGGCAAGAACUGCAUAUCCUCAAAGCAUUACAGGGUAACAAGCGAUUUGUGCCCUUCUACCGUAUAGUGCUGGAUGAAGUAACGCAUAACAUCCUGGGAUUUACCACGAAGUACAUACCUGGUGGCACUCUCGAGCAGUAUCGCGGCACAUUCUACUUCCGCUGGCUCAAACAGCUUACGGAUGCCGUGGAUGAGCUGAACCUCCGCUACGGGCUGAUGCACCAGGACCUGGCGCCCAGGAACAUCCUGAUAGAUCCCACCACUCAAGAGCUGCUGGUGUUCGAUUUCGACAGAUCAGGACAGAUAGGAGGGAAAGGCGCUUCCCGGGGAUGCAACGACGUUGACGCAUUGGUGUUUACUAUCUACGAGACCCUGACGUUGGACGAGAGUUUCCGAGAGGGGCUGCCCUGGGAACAAGAUGUAAGCAAGGUUGAAAACAUGAAGAAGUGGGAAUUGAAGCUGCCAUUGGAAGACGGGGUGGAUAUCGCUGUCUACCGUGAUUUUCUGGCGAGGUGGGCAGAUGAGCGCCGCACAACACGGACGAUUAAGCAUUUCUCUGAGGCUAGUGAGCCCCUUACUUGGCCUGAGUAUGGCAAGUUAGAGAUGAUUGAGGUUUCUGAGGACGAGUACGGGGUCCGUAUGAGCUUUCGACGCAAGAGAAAGCACGUCGAGGGUGCUGGUGGGUAUGUCACGCGGUGGGAGAGGGCGGCGCAGGAGGCCGUAAAGGGGUAUAACUAG